AUGGAGAGCGAGAUUAAACCAAUGGCGACUGAGGGAGGCGGAUUGACCGCGACACCUGUUGCUGAACGCGGCAGGAAGCGAUCGCCUUCGCCUCUCACUCUGAGCGACGAUGAGGAUUUAUCCGAUCCUACCCAUGGCUACGGCGAAUGGCUGCUUAGCGACAGCGACGAGGAUGAGGAUCAAGAGGACAAAGGGAUAUACCGACCUUUUAUGAUUGAUGAUAUCCCACGGCCCAGUUGUGACCAUAAGCAGCAGACUGAUGUUUUGCAUAAAAAUCCAGAAACUAAGGUUCGAGGGCCUUUACCAAUAAGGCUCUUUCCCGCAUUCAAAUCUGGCAAACAUAUCUUUGGUUCAGAGUAUAAUCUUGCUGAUAAAUCUCAAAUCAGUCUCGAUAGUGUUGGGGAUUGUCCAAAUGAAUGCUGGUGUUAUCCAAUGGGUGUGCUUCAAUUUGUUGAUAUCAAGAUUGCUGGGUAUCGACAUACACAUCCUGGACAGGUCAAGAUAUAUGGUUUCAUUGCAGCACGGGAACCAGAAAACCCCUUGCGCAACUAUGUCUACUGUCGUGAGAUAGAAAAUUGUGAAAGUGUACCUGUGAAGCAAAAAACGGAAUCAGUGGGUGUAUCUAUUAGAACUGGCAGUUGCAAAUGUAGGCAACGUCUAUACAUUUGUUAUACUUAUCUGUCAUCUGAAUUCAAUGUUGGUGUUGCAAGGUUGUCACCAACCGGACCUGCUCGAGUCAUUUCAAUGAUCACUCGCUCAUUCAUCGAGUUUGAGAUCCAUGCCCGAAACAAAGAUGAGACCAAUGUUGAUGACGACUUGAUCAUUGAAGGAUGCACCGAGAUCGAUAACUUUUUCGAGUCGAAAUCGUUCAUUGAUUACCGGCGCUUUUAUGGUGAAAGGUGUGCUCUGGACAUUAAGUAUAUAGUGAUGAUCAACGCGGUGGAGGCACUGGUUGAAGUCACAGCCCUCCGCCUCGACACUAUUCCCGGUGGUGUCAACAUGAAACUAUAUGCCAAGACUAGUGGCUUCAAUGACGUAAUCCCACUAUUCCAAGGCAUCGCUCCAGAGCCAGGAGGUGGCAUGAUGAGAUUCGCUGUAGGGGUGGAGAGGCACAACCGCCUUGAUCUGUGCGUCGGGGGUCUCGGAGCGAUGAUGCUACCCUAUGCGGACCCUGUGCUGGCAAUGCGGUUUCUUCUCUAG